AUGAUAAAAAAUCCUCGAAGUGAGACAAGAACAAAUUAUAAAGCAUUUAUGCAUAUAUCUUUUAAGCGGGACUUGUCGAAGUGGAUUGUGUCGAAGUUUGAUAGCAACCACAACCACCCUUUUGCAUCUUCCUCAAUGUACUCAUUUGAUGCCAUCUCAGAGAAAGGAGGGAAGGAAUUUGUAGGGUUCAUGCGAGAGGAUCAGAAAACCUACUUACGUGCAAAAAGACAACGAAACUUGCAGUAUGGUGAAGCGGGGAGUUUGUUAAGUAUUUUCCAGCAGCAAGUGGCAGAAAAUCCAUAUUUUACUAUGCCAUUCAGUUGGAUGUAG